GGUUACUGUCGCAUUCCCUAUAUUGUGCCCAUAUCAUGUCAUCCGAAGUAAUCAAGUCAGUCGCCAGUAUACAACGCGCCGAGUCGCACGCGCGCAGUGUUGUGUUGUGUAUUAUGUUUUAAAUUAUUUGGAGUCAUGUCAAAACUCAAGACGAUGUUGAAAAUCGGUGGCGGAGCUGUGCUGAUCGCAGCAAUAGUGGCUGUGUUCGUGGUGGCCACACAAGGGAGAGACCCGGACCUGGAGGCUUCAGAGCAUGAAGGAAGAGAAUAUAUCUUACAAUUGGACAAAGCUGCUGGGGAGAGAAGAAAUCGAGCCACCAAAGCUGAAUGGGCGUAUACGUCUAAUAUAACUAAGGAAAAUGAAGAUCAGAAGAUACAAACUCAACUAGAGAUCUCAAAGCUAGAGAAGAUAGCAUGGGAAGAAACGAAGAUGUACAAAUGGCAGGACUUCCAAGAUGUGACAUUGAGGAGAAUGUUCAAGAAGUACAGUCAGCUGGGAGUUGCAGCGUUGCCUGACGAUAAAUACACGAUGCUGAUGAAGUCUGUUUCUGAUAUGGAGUCGAACUAUGCGACGUCGAAGAUUUGCUCGUACAAGGAUGCUACUAAGUGUGAUUUGUCGUUGGAACCUGACAUAACAGAAAUAUUCGCUAAGAGCCAAAACGUGUCCGAAUUGGAACAUACCUGGGUGGAGUGGCAUAAGGCUGCCGGCGCCCGCGCAAAGGAUAACUUCACUCAAUACGUGAGACUGAGCAACGAGGCUGCUAAACUCAAUGGUUACAAAGACGUAGCGGAAUGGUGGCAGUCCGACUACGAAGUGAACGACUUCGAAGCCCAGCUGGAGAAGCUGUGGAACGACGUGAAGCCCCUCUACCAGCAGCUGCACGCGUACGUCAGGAAACAGUUGAGGGACAAGUAUGGGCCUGAGGUGGUGUCCGCUAGGGGACCUAUUCCGGCGCAUUUGUUGGGUAAUAUGUGGGCUCAAACCUGGAAUAACAUAGAAUCAUUCACACGCCCGUACCCAGACAAGAAAGAAAUAGACAUCACACAAGCAAUGAAGGAUCAGAACUACACAGCACUCAAAAUGUUCCAAAUGUCAGACAGUUUCUUCAGGUCUUUAAAAUUGACCCCAAUGCCUGAGAAAUUCUGGAAGAAUUCUAUAAUUGAGAAGCCUACUGAUAGGGAUAUCGUUUGCCAUGCUUCGGCUUGGGACUUUUUUGACGGUGAUGACUUCAGGAUCAAGCAGUGCACAACAGUAGAUUACGAAUAUUUCCAAACAACACACCACGAAAUGGGUCAUAUUCAGUACUUUCUUCAAUACAAACAUCAACCGGUCGUAUUUCGUGACGGAGCUAACCCAGGCUUCCACGAAGCUGUGGGCGACACGAUAGCCCUGUCGGUGUCUUCACCGAAACACUUGAGAAGCGUCGGACUUAUCAACAAGAACGAUACUGAAGAUGAGCAGACGGAGAUCAAUCAGCUGUAUAAAAUGAGUAUAGACAAAGUAGUCUUCUUACCCUUCGCUUACACCCUUGACCUCUUCCGCUACGGGGUCUUCCGCGGAACCACCACCCCUGAGAACUACAACUGCCACUACUGGAGGUUGAGGGAGAGGUUACAAGGUGUGGAGCCUCCGGUCACAAGAACUGAGGAGGACUUUGAUGCUGCUGCCAAGUAUCAUGUGUCUGCUGACGUGGAGUAUGCUAGGUAUUUCGUGUCCUUCAUCAUUCAGUUCCAAUUCCACCGAACGCUAUGCGAGCUCGCAGGAGAAUACUCGGCCACGAAGAAGCUAGUCGACUGCGAUAUUGUAGAUAGCGUUGCUGCUGGAAAUGCACUAUCAAACAUGCUCAAAAUGGGUUCAUCGCACCCGUGGCCCGACGCGAUGGAGGCGCUCACGGGCCAGCGAGAGAUGAAGGCCGACGGUCUGCUGGAGUACUUCAAGCCGCUCCACGAGUGGCUGCAGAAGGAGAAUGAGAGGACCGGCGAGUACGUCGGUUGGGAGUCUAGCAAGAUUCAAUACUGCACUGCAGAACAGCAGGCAGCGCUACAAUCAGAGCAGAAGGAGGAACAUAGCACGACGGGACUUUUAUGUCGUAACGUCCUACGAAAGGACCAUUACUAUAAGGUUCAGAGAGUCAUUGUGCGGAUGAUCCUCAAAAUAAUAGGCGAGCUAGCUCUAGUCGGGGCUAUAGCUUCCGUCUUCAUAGUAGCAGCUCAAGGUCUAGCUGCAGAAAGGGCAGCUGAAGAAGCGGCUGGCAGAGACUACAUGAGGAGACUGGAUGAGAUCACGUCCAAGUUGAAGAAUAGAUUGACUAUCGCCAAUUGGAACUAUGAAAGUAAUAUUACGAAACAGAAUGAAGAACACAUGCUACAAGUAGCACUAGACGUUGCUGAAGAAGAAAAAGAAAACUGGAAAGAAACAAUGACGUACUUAUGGAAAGAAUUUGAAGACGAAGAUUUGAAGAGAAUGUUCACAAAAUACACAGAACUGGGCACAUCAGCUUUGCCAGAGGACUUGAAUCAGAGGUUGUUAGAAGCGAUCACCAACAUGCAGUCGACGUACGCGAAGGCAACGAUUUGUGACUAUAAGAUUAGGACGAAAUGUGAUCUUUAUGUAGAGCCAGACGUCACGAAUAUCUUCGCAAACAGUGACGACCCUGAGGAGUUGAAGUACGCGUGGGUGGAGUGGCAUAAGGCUGCGGGGAGACCGUCCAAAGGGAACUUUACCGAAUAUGUGCAGAUGGACAACGAGGCUGCUCAUCUUAAUGGAUACGACAGCGUUGCCGAGUGGUGGCUCAGCGAAUACGAAUCUUCAGACAGCGAGGAGCAGUUCGCCACACUCUGGAACCAAAUCAAACCGCUGUACCAACAGAUCCACGCGUACGUGCGAGGCAAACUGCGAGCCAAGUAUGGGGAGAAUGUGGUGUCGGCUAGAGGGCCUAUUCCUGCGCAUUUGUUAGGUAACAUUUGGGCCCAGACCUGGACCAACAUUGAAAAAUACGCCAUACCCUAUCCUGAUAAACCUGACGUAGAUGUAACAGCUGCAUUGAUCGAACAAAACUACACUCCAUUAAAAAUAUUCAAGACUGCCGAAGAAUUCUUCACGUCUCUCAACCUGAAGGGCUUACCAGAUCUGUUCUGGGAUAAAUCCAUCAUUGUGAAGCCGGACGAUGGUCGAGACAUGGUGUGCCAUGCGUCGGCUUGGGACUUUUUCGAUGGCGAGGAUUUCAGAAUUAGACAGUGCACAGAACUGACGAGCGCAUUCUUCAAGACUACCCACCAUGAACUGGGACACAUUCAGUAUUACUUGCAAUACAAAGACUUGCCGGUCGUAUACAGAGAAGGAGCUAAUCCAGGUUUCCACGAAGCGAUCGGUGACGUCAUAGCCCUGUCUGUAUCAACUCCGAAGCAUCUUCGAGUUGUAGGUCUGUUGAAGGAUGAGACUGAUGAUGACGAAUCUGAGAUUAAUCAGCUAUUCAAAAUGGGUCUUGACAAGAUAGUCUUCCUUCCCUUUGGCUAUCUUCUAGACUUAUUCCGCUACUCCGUCUUCCGAGGUUUCACUAGUUCUAGAGACUACAACUGCCACUUCUGGCAAUUAAGAGAGGCCCUGCAGGGAGUGGAGCCUCCAGAGACUAGGACUGAAGAUGACUUCGAUCCUGCAGCGAAGUACCAUAUUACUGCUGAUGUUGAGUACAUGAGGUACUACAUCUCGUACAUAAUCCAGUUCCAGUUCCACCGAGCGCUCUGUCAGCUCGCCGGCGAAUAUGUUCCCGGUGACCCCAACAAAUUGCUGUCCAAGUGCGAUAUCUAUAACAGCACGAAAGCUGGUGAAGCUUUGGGUAAAAUGCUACGAAUGGGCUCCUCCCGCCCCUGGCCUGACGCCAUGGAAGUCCUAACCGGCCAACGCAACAUGGACGCCAGCGGUCUCAUAGAAUACUUCCAACCGCUGUACGAAUGGCUGCAGAAGGAGAACGAACGCACCGGGGAGUUCAUAGGAUGGGAAGCUAGCUCUGUCCAAUACUGUACACAAGAACAAUUGAUGGCGAUGGAAGACUCGGACUUCGCAAAGAAAUUGGAUACUCUCGUAAAAAAACAAGUGUAAAAGUAA